UACCAAAAAUACGGUGUGGAAUCAAGCUGUAAUCAAAAAUAAAAAAAAAUAAAAUAAAAGAAUAUUCUUUGUUCAGUAAUCAAUCUUUUAGAAUUUCUAAGUCAGAAUCUUUAGGACGUAGGUAUUGCAGUGACGAUUAAAGCCUGGGAUGACAUCUAGAUUGCGAUUGGAUACCGGUUUAACAGUUGAAAUGAAAUUAAGGUGUGAUCAGCAGUUGGCUUUAUUCCUUGAGUAGUGAUACAACCAUCACUUUAUCGUAUGAGAGUGCUAUUAGUAGUAAAGGCUUUUUUUGUACCUUAAAAAUAAAUCUAAGUAUUUUAUUUAAUUUUUAGGGUUGGUUAACUGUCGGUAAUGAACUAUCUGCAUCAAAUUAUGAUCCUCGUAUGUAUGCAAAUAAUUUUAGUAAAGAACCAAAUGGUUUAUUCCUUGGAUCAACUGAAGAAAUUGAACGAUUACGUCCAAAAUCUCCACCACCACGUCAUCCAAAUCCUAACACGGCUCCUAGCGGUAGUGGUACACCUAGUACUAUUUGUCCGAUUUCAGAGGUUACGCCUACACCAAUUUGUCCUAACCCUGUUUUACCACCUGCUGGACACAUGUCACGUUCAAUAUCGUCUAUAUGUUCACUUGGUAAUUCUGUUGUAUCAAAUAUUAGUUCACUUUCUGGAGUACCAUGUGGUAGUCAUUCAACACGAAGAUUUGUUCCUACUAAUAAUGUUAUUAAACAACCAGUCAACUCUACCGGCCCAUUGACCAACUCUUCACUUUUAGGCCUACCAACCGCUUUGCAGAAUGCAUCAUCUAAUAGAUCUGCUUCGAGUACACGAAUUAAUUUACGCACACCCUUAAAUGCGGUCGCUGCCUCCAGCUCUUCGCAUAGACUAACUGCAUUACAGAUGGCUGCAGCUGCUCAUCAUCAAGGCAAUAUUCAUCCACCUAAUCCACCGAUAUGGUCAACUCCAAAUAAUUUUGCAGUAGCAUUGGCUGCUAUGGCAGCAGCAGCUGCAACCUCUCAUAACUUACCUGUUCCCUCUGCACUGAACUCUUCGAAUUCAAGGAGUGCUAUAUCUGAUUCACCUUUACUUGCUGGACUUGUCAGUGCUGGUAAACUGAAUCCAACUAUACUUGCAAUGUUGAAUACUUCAAAUCCUGUCAAUCCUUCAAGUCUAUCAUUAUUGAACAGUAUUCUCCGAAAUACUACUACUUCUGGGAAACAUCCUAACAAUAGUUCAUGGCAUUGAAUUGAUGCAUUAUAACUUAUUUCUUUAUGUUUUGGUGACUUACUGUUCAUAAUAUGAUAUGUAGUUAUCGAUUGUCGUUGAUACAAAUGUAUUUUCUUUUAUAUAUUGAUUCAGAAAAAAAGUUGUUACAUUUCUA